ACUAGAAAGUUCGUACGCUUGUUGCCAAGUCUUCGUAAACCUUGGAUGGUUUAUGUUUAUCAAAUGUUGACUUGGGGAUGUUUAUUCAAAUUAUGAAUAUUUGCUAGCAGGAAUUUGUAUCUAUCUUGUGGAGGGUUAAAGAAUCUCACUUUUGUGGUGGAUUUGAGAAUAUCUCAAGAAACAAUGCGUGAGUUUCGAUGAACUGAACUUGCAAUGACUCGACGAGCUCGCCGCCUUAGUGCCUGCUUUGGAAAAUUCUCCAUUUAACUUAUAUUUCGCUAUCCAUCGACGACAUUAUAAGAACUUGUAAUUUCUAAACGAUAGGAAGUCAGUUUUAUUACUGAUUUCAGUAGAGGACAAAAAACUCACUUCUGAUCUCGAAAGUUAUCGCCGAUGCAAUUUCAAAGGCCUAAAAAGACCAGUUGCUAAGGGGAUCGCGAAAACCUCUUAUUAUAACUUUCUUUUCAUCGUAAACUACAGUCCGUGACAUUGAGCGCGAAAGAAGACCGUCUAAAAUGCCUAGAGUGACCUAAAACGGCAGGGGGAGUCGAAACAAGUGUUUUAAUAAGUUAAGCAUCCGUAAAGCUAGGUAAUUAUGCCGCCCAAAAGACCAGCACAUGUCGUUUGCUAUAUUUGUGGUCGACUCUACGGCACCACCAGCAUUUCCCUACAUGAGCCAAAAUGCCUUGAAAAAUGGCGAAUGGAGAACAGCCAGCUACCGCGACAACUACGCCGUCCAGUGCCCCAGAGACCCCAAGGUUGGCAAAUGGGGUCACUCUCCAAUGACCCCAGAGAGCGUGCCAAUCAACUUGAAGCAAUGAAUGAUAUGGCUUUUCAGAAUUCACAAAAGCAGCUAGUACCAUGUGAAUUUUGUGGACGGACAUUUAAUCCUGACAGACUUGGCAUCCAUCAACGUAGCUGUAACCCUGACAACCCUCAUAAGCCUUCUAAGAAUUUUGACCCAAAGAGGGUGCAGUCAGGUAGGGGAUCAUCCCAAGGGUAUGGGGGUGCACAUGGAAGUGCCCCGCCCCCUAAGGCUCCUGUGAAACCACGCUCUGUGGUGUGUUAUAUCUGUGGAAGAGAAUUUGGCACCAAGUCUAUCGGUAUUCACGAGCCGCAGUGCCUUAAGAAAUGGGAGAUUGAGAAUCGCAAACUGCCUAAGCAUUUACAAAGGCCUUUGCCAAUUAAGCCACAGAUCCUGCCAAGCCUUGGAUCAGACGGGGGGAUGGACCUUGAACGAAUGAACCAAAUGGCACUAGAAUCCUCAAAUAAUCAGCUUAUACCAUGUAAUAACUGCGGUAGGACAUUUUUACCAGAAAGACUGAAAGUCCACAUGAGGUCUUGUCGUCCAAAAACUAGAACCAUGCCCGCUAGACCAGGUAUACAAGGCUCCCCUAACAUGCAGAACUCAUAUGGCGAUGCAAACAACAAUACAAACCCUCGGCAAAUUCCUCCAGGGUACCCUAAAGAGAAGACCUUUACUUUUGAUGAGAGAUCAAGACGAACCCCCAGCUCAGGAGGGUCAUCACAAGGCCGUAAAUUAAGCGCCUCACAGCCCGCCAGGAAAAACACAUACUCCAGACCCUCACCCAAGUCAGCAGGGCGUGGCAUGAAGCGUGGAGGGAGUUCAGGUACUUCUAAUAGGCGCCCAACAAAGUUAUCCCCCCUGGAAAAUGCUAGAACGUCCUCACCUGGAUUUCAGGGUGCCUACAGUGCCCCUGAUCCAUUAAGGAACUCCAGAGGGUACAGUGCUUCAUCAGGUGGCACUGGUCCUCAGGGGGGGUACCCAAGUGCUCCAGAGGGGUACCCUAGUGAGUUUGAUGGGUAUUCUGAACAGCCUCAGGGACUUGUCCCAUGUCCAAAUUGUGGUCGCAAUUUCGCCAUGGAUCGCAUCGCAAAGCAUGAGACAAUCUGCCGCAAGACUGGGACCAAGCAAAGAAAGGUGUUUGACUCGACCAAAGCCAGGACAAGCGGUACAGAGGCGGCAGGGUAUAACCGACCUGGCGCAAGGAAGAAGCCUGAACCUGCAGUUCCUAAAGGGAACUGGAGAGCUAAGCAUCAGGAGUUUAUCAGGGCUAUCCGAGAUGCCAAGAAAGUCUCCCAACACCUAGCAUCUGGAGGAAAAGUAUCGGACCUCCCUCCCCCUCAGUACAGUGAAAACCCAGACUACGUCUUGUGUCGCUACUGCCAGAGAAGAUUCAACCCCACCGUAGCUGAGCGUCACAUCCCCAAGUGUGCUAACACUACAAACAGACCUGCCCCGCCCAAGCAGAGGGCUAUCCCCCUAGAAGGGUCUACUGGGAUGUCAGGAGGGAGGAUGACAGGUAGAGGGACUAGCCGGGGUGCAAUGAUGAGGAAAUAUAGAUAACUGAUAGAUGUUUCUGUAUUUAUGGUUUGGUACAUAGUUUCAUAUUCAAUAGAAAGCUCAAUAACUCCAUAUUUAAUAUUGAUAGCAAUAUGAAAUUCAAUCAAUAGCUUUGUAUUCAAUAGCGUGUUCCAUAGCUUUAUACUUAAAUGUAUGUGGUUAAAACUUAGACUAGUAAUAACUAUGAAGAUGGGAAGAACAUGAACAAAGAUACUAAUGGUAAUGUAUGAAUUGAAUAAUGGUAAAUAAGGGUACAGUACAAGGGGUGAAGGACAUCCUGUAUCUAUGGUUUAGAAGGUUUGACUCAAGAAGUUAAAUGUACCUUGUUCUAAUAUGGUGCAACCGAAAGCCCAUGCAAAGUUGCUAGAUUCAUUUUUUCACAUUUCCAAUGUUUUUGGAAUGAUGUUUGGGAGAAAGGGUGGGUACUCCGUGAAGGUGCCCUAAGAUAUAGUGAUGUAAAAACUAUCCAACGGCUUCAUAUUCUACCUUCAAACAUGAACAAUAACCUAAGACGCAUGCAGUAGCGGAUCUAGGGGGAGGGUUUAGGGGUUUAAACCCCCUCUUUGGGCUGCCAGAAAGCCAUAUGUAACAAAACAAAAAAAAAAAAAACAUGUAUGCAGUAGUCUCCCUCACAGCCGUUUUGGACUUGUCACGCUAGGCGACCCUUAGUGACAAGUCAAGAAUGGUGCAAGGGAGAUUAUGUAUGUGGCAGCCGCAGUUACAGACAUUAGACUAUUAGAAAAUACAAGCUACAGCAUCAAAAAAUGUUUGUACUGUAUUUUUAGCUAAAGGAAAUUUGUUGGUAUCUUCUUGAAACUUGUCCCGAACCCAUCCUUUGUUGUAUUUAUACUUGGUAUUGAUGUGACAUUUUUAUUUAUUUUUUUCCCACUAUCCUGGGUACCAGAGGCUCCGAGCUAAGCGGUGAAACAGUUAACAAACACAAAUUUUGCACUUCUAUUUUUGGUAUGAAAGAUAAGUUGAGGGCCGUAGCAGGGGGUGGGUCACUGGGGCAUGUGCCCCCCCCCCCCAAUAUAUUAAAAAAUAAUAUGGAAAUGACCAGUAGGGGCGUGGCCGUGCCCCCAUUUGCUCCAUGUUUCUGUAUUGUGGCCCCUCUCCGCAAUAUUUCAAGGUCUGCUAUGGCACUGAAGUUUUUUCAACUUUUAGAAAAGAAAAGUGGGGUGUCACAUGUAAAGAGUGUGGUGUGACUUGAAUUUAUGCUGUCUUGAAAGACAAGUGAGAGAAAACGUGUAGGGUAGGCUUUGAAUGUAGCAGAUUUUUAUACAUUACAUAGCCGUAGCAGGCCUCAAAUUAUUGGGGGGAGGGGGAGCAGAAACAUUAAGAAAACGUUGGGGGGCACAGCCACGCCUUCUGGUCAUUUCCAUUCAAUAAGUAUGGCAGGCUCAGUUGUAUGUACAAAAUAAGAUUUCUAAACAUUUCAAAUUUUUCAAUAUUUAUUAUUCAACUUAAAAUGUGUUGUACAAAGUUUUAGUCUAGAUAUUUGCUAUAUUAUCUAUUCACAUGUAACUUAUUACCUGAGCUAUUGUAGCAUAAAUAUUUAUAAUUUUGAAUACAAUAUAUAUAAGAAAUCCUA